AUGUCUGAACGAAAUUCUGGAAAGCUGGGUUGGGGCUUUGUGUACACUUUUACGCUUUUUUUCUUGUCCGUUUAUCGAAUGGUUGGAUUAAAUGCACUAAUUUUGAUGUAUGCUAAUGCUGAAGAUGGAACUUGGGCUGUGAUUUUUUGUAUCUUGACGCUCGGCUUUCUAGAAGAUCUCGUUUGCGUCACAUUCUUAGCGUGCACAUUGUGGAUAUCUGACACACUGAAGAAUUAUCUAGUCACGAUAGGGUCUCACCGUGUUUCUUCUGUGAAAAAAAUUGCCACAUUUUUAAUAUCGUGGUUUCUCUUUGUCGCUUUCACAUUUCCCAUUGUGACUGAUAUACUGAUUGUACGGCAACGAAAUAUGCGCUUUACAUUUGACAUGGUGAUAAUGGCGAUCCAGGAACAGGACAAUGCAAGUGCUUUCGAAAUCACAAGCGAAGAGAUUACUGACAUUUUUGUCAACGCUUUGGUGCUUGUUCUGGCAGCGACAGUCUUUGCGGCUGUGCGCACGCGAUCUAUGUGGGCAGAUUUAACACGGUGGAAUCCGACUCGUAUGACGUGGUCUCGUACUAAUGCGUAUAGUUACCAACCCUUAAGCGUCAAGGAUCAGCUUGGCGCUUUUGACGAAAUUGAUUGCAAUCAAAAAUCUAGUGUUGCUUUCAAAGCGUCUUCAUUACAAUCAACCGAAGCGCAAGAUGUCGAUUUAGUUGCAUCAAAUACUUUUCAGUAUACGACAGUCGACAUUAGUGAUAAGUCUGAACACAUGGACUCGCCAAUCUCAUCGUCUUGUGAUGACAAUGACGAGGUAUCUUUGCUCAUGUCACAUGACACAACAAGUCACUUGAACAAGUGUGAAAGCUUUCGUGAAAGCUUAAUAGCAUUUUGUGCUCUCGUGCUUCUUCCUAUGACUGUUGUUGCUCUGAGCUGCGCAUGUUCGCCUCUCGUCGCCUAUUCAGCCCUGAAUACUACACUUAAUGAGUUGUUUGGACAUGCAUUACAGCCCAAUGUUGAUGAAUUUUCGUCAAACGUUGACGAUCUCAAUCUUCCGUGGGUUGAGUCAUACAUUCAUAGAGAAACUGAAAAGCACGAAUUGUUUGGAAAUGACACAUUGUACCGACGUACGACGGGAUUCAAAGGGCCGCUUGCUUUUGAUGUUAAAGUCAAUGCUUCGAAUCCACCAAAUGUUCUACUUAUAGUUAUCGAAUCAUUUCGCCAUCAUGACUCGCAUUAUCUUGUGGGAAGCAAAGACCCAAGUAAUCUCUUCAACGGAAGCAAUAUAACCAUCACUCCUAAUUUUGAUAAAUGGGCUAAACGUGGGAUUGCACUUCGAAAUUAUUGGUCCAACUGGCGCACUAGUCGUUCAGUUGAGACACUAUUGUUCGGACAGCUUCCGUACGACCAUGUGACGAAAUCAGGUAUGACUGGAGGACAAAAGAAGACAAAAUUGUCUGGUUUGCCGCAGCUUUUCACAGCAAAAGGCUACGAGACAUUCUUUACUACUGGCUGCAAACUGCACUAUGACGGCUGGGACGCUUUUCUUCCUACUCAUGGUUUUGAUACGGUUUGGGGUCGUAAUGCAAUGAAGGUAAUUGCACAAAGCUAUUUAUCUAUCAACAAGAGUCACUGGGAUGGACCCGAACAUCGUGCAUCCAGAUGGGGCGUGCAUGAUGACAUAAGUUUCAAGAUCCUUGGGGACUUAGUCGUGAAUAAGACAAAAAUUCAGGCUAAGCGAAUUGCAAACGGCAAAGCAAAGAAACCGCUUUUUCUUACGCACUAUACUAUUUCCAGCCAUGUCAACUAUAACCAGCGACCAAAGUGGUACGAUGAGGCUAAGAAACCCGACUUUUCGGCAUUGUAUAAAGGGCAGAAGAAUGCAGACCUUCUCAAGCUAUAUUUUGAAAUCCGAUAUUUUACCGACAUGGAGUUUGGCAGAUUUAUGGACCGAAUGGCAAAGGCCGGUAUACUGAAUGACACGAUUGUCAUUAUAUCAGGGGACCACGGUCAAAGUCCAGAGAUCGGCUUGAAGAAUCCUUAUAUCCGAGAAGUGUCUACUUCUCGAGUGGCCGGUGCUAUUGUGGCCGAGGGGCGACUAGGCAAGGCUGCGGGGAUGGUUAUUGACGAUGCGGUCGAACAGUACGAUAUGCUGAACACCCUGGCGGAUAUUACCGGAUUGCCUGAUGGAGGGUUCGAACAAGACGGUGUGGGACGAUCAAUCAAACGCAAGGUCAAAUUUGGAAGUAGACCUAUCUAUAGUAACAAUCCAUCUCGAAAAAUGUCUGUCGUGCGUGGGCACGAACGAUUGCGCUAUGAUAAAGUGACAGACUGGAUGAUGUUGCACAAUAUUGAUACGGAUCACGAUAUGACAAAAGAUCUCUUGCCAGAUCUGACCGACAAAAAACGCGCUGAAUGGGUGAGCUGGCGUGACGCGGGGCGUCGUAUUAAUUCGUAUUACACAAAGCGUUGGGAAGGCAAGUGUUUGCUAGAAGCGGAAUGCAAAAAGUAG